GCGGAGCUGGCGGAGCUCUGGGGCUGCUCCGGAGCUGCUGGCUCCGCCGGGGUUUGGAGUUCUGGAAAGGAUCCCUGGGCUUCCCGAAUGGGGAGCUUGGCUCCUUGGCUCUGUCCUGCAGCCUGCACUGGCUCCUGGGGGCUGUCGCUCCAGCCCACUCCCUGCAGGUCCCCCCUCUGCCCGGUGUUGCCCGCUGACCCCCGCAAAGCCCCAACAAGUGAUGGAGGGAGAGCCCACCAUGCGCCUCCGGAUCUUCGACCUCAACUGCUGGGCCAUUCGCUACUUGAGCAAACGGCGGCAGGAGCGCGUCCGGCUCAUAGGGGACACGCUGCGCCAGGAGCACUUUGACCUGGUGCUGCUCCAGGAGGUGUGGAGUGAGCAGGACUACAGUGGCCUGAAGGUGAAACUAGCAGGCUCUUACCCCUUCUCCCAUUACUUCCGCAGUGGGGUGAUCGGCAGUGGCCUCUGCAUCUUCUCCAGGUUCCCUAUUCUGGACACGCUCCUCUUCCAGUACUCACUGAAUGGGUACCCCUACAUGCUCCAACACGGGGACUGGUUCUGCGGCAAGUCUGUCGGUCUCGUCAUAAUGAAGAUCUCAGGGAUCAUCUUCAACGUCUACGUCACCCAUCUGCACGCUGAGUACUGCCGGGACAAGGAUGCCUACCUGCCCCACCGCCUGGUGCAGGCCUGGGAGCUGGCACAGUUCAUCCGACACACCUCAAAGGCAGCAGACGUGGUGCUGCUGGGAGGGGACCUGAACAUGCACCCCGAAGAUGUGGGAAUCCGGCUGCUGCGCGGCUGGACGGGACUGCAGGACGCCUUUGCUGAGGCCACACGCUUUGAGGGCUGUAAGAAUGGCUGCACCCUUGUCCCUGACAACUGCUUCACUGACAAGUCAGAGCUGCUGCCCUUCCCGCUGGGCAUCCGCAUUGACUACAUCCUCUACAAGGCCAUCUCCAGCUUCACAGUGAAGUGUGAAGAGCUGAAGACCACCACAGGGCCAGCCCCAGGCAUGGGUAUCCCCUUCUCAGACCACGAAGCCGUGAUGGCAACACUGCACAUCCAGAGGCAGGGACGGCCUGUGGGUGCCACCCUCGGCACAGCUGACCUGGCACUGGCAGACGUGGUGACAGAGGCACAGACAGAGGUGGGCAUGGGGCUGCAGGCAGCGCAGCGGCAGCGCUACUCCUGGGGCAGGAUGGCCGUGCUGGCCCUGCUGCUGCUGGUGCUCCAGGCUGCAGCUGUGCUGGGCACACUGGCCGGACUGGGCACACAGCAGCCCUUCCCCAAGCUCUCCUUCUGCCUGCUGGCCUUCCUUGCCCUUGGUGUCCUCAUCCUUGCCACCGGUCUCCACCUGUUUCACACCAUGGAGGUGAAGAUACUGCACGGCACCAAGGACCAGAUGCGGAUGGCACUGCGGGCCCUGCAGGAGCGUCCCAGUGAAGGCUGAGCUGAGGCUGUGGGUGUCCCACUAUGUCCCCUUGGCCCCACCAUGUCCCCUUUUUCAUCCUUGUUUUUAGCUGACUUCAGGUUUUAAGCGAGCAGCACUGCAGCCAAUGCAGUAGUGCAGGUUUGACAUCUGCUUCUGGGUGAAAUUAAGAUUUUUGGGGCCGAUUUAUUGCAUUGACUCCUGUGAGAACCAUGAUGGAGGCAGAUUUUUAUUGCUGUCUUUUUAAAUACACUCUUUUGUACACGGAGGGACCCACUGGCCUAGCUGGAAGGCUCGAGAUGCUGGGGCUCCCCUUGCCUGGGGUGGCCUCAAAGUUUACACUGGUGGCUGUUCUGGCAACCAGUCCUGACUCUGAUGGAAAAUAAAGGCGAUAUUUUAACCUUUG